AUGUCCCCAGCCAUCAGCUCCUGCACUCUGGGAAACGGUGGCUGCCAGCACCAGUGUGUACAGCUCACGGUGACACAGCACCGCUGCCAGUGCCGGCCCCAGUACCAGCUGCAGGAGGAUGGCAGGCGCUGUGUGCGGAGAAGCCCGUGUGCAGAAGGCAAUGGUGGCUGUAUGCAUAUAUGCCAGGAACUCCGGGGCCUUGCCCACUGUGGCUGCCACCCUGGUUACCAGCUUGCUGCAGACCGCAAAACCUGUGAAGAUGUGGAUGAAUGUGCUUUGGGGCUGGCCCAGUGUGCUCAUGGCUGCCUCAACACUCAGGGAUCCUUUAAGUGUGUGUGCCACGCAGGCUAUGAACUGGGCGCCGAUGGCCGGCAGUGUUACCGGAUCGAGAUGGAGAUUGUGAACAGCUGUGAGGCUGGCAAUGGCGGGUGCUCCCACGGCUGUAGCCACACCAGCACUGGGCCCCUGUGCACCUGCCCUCGUGGUUACGAGUUGGAUGAAGACCAGAAGACCUGUAUCGACAUCGACGACUGCGCCAACUCUCCGUGCUGCCAGCAGGCGUGUGCCAACACCCCGGGUGGGUAUGAGUGCAGCUGUUUCGCUGGCUACCGGCUCAACACGGACGGAUGUAGCUGUGAGGAUGUUGAUGAGUGUGCCUCUGGUCACAGUGGCUGCGAACACCACUGUUCUAAUCUGGCUGGCUCCUUCCAGUGCUUCUGUGAGGCCGGUUACCGGUUGGAUGAGGACCGCAGGGGCUGCACGCCCCUAGAAGAAUCUGUGGUGGACCUGGACGGCCGACUGCCCUUUGUGCGGCCCCUGCCCCACAUUGCGGUGCUGAGGGAUGAGCUGCCCCAACUCUUCCAGGAUGACUAUGGGGCUGAGGAGGAGGCAGCGGCAGCAGAGUUGCGUGGAGAACACACGCUCACUGAGAAGUUUGUCUGCUUGGAUCACUCCUUCGGCCAUGACUGCAGCCUAACCUGCGAUGACUGCAGGAAUGGGGGGACUUGCUUCCCGGGCCAGGACGGCUGUGACUGCCCAGAGGGCUGGACCGGGAUCAUCUGCAAUGAGACUUGUCCUCCAGACACCUUUGGGAAGAAUUGUAGCUCUCCCUGCACCUGCCAGAAUGGUGGGACCUGUGACCCGGUGUCGGGAGCCUGCCGCUGUCCUCCAGGCGUCAGUGGAGCCCACUGUGAGGAUGGCUGCCCCAAGGGCUUCUACGGCAAACAUUGCCGUAAGAAAUGCCACUGUGCUAACCGGGGCCGGUGCCACCGCCUCUAUGGGGCCUGCCUCUGUGACCCAGGGCUCUAUGGUCGUUUCUGCCACCUUGCCUGUCCUCCCUGGGCCUUCGGGCCAGGCUGUUCUGAGGACUGCCUUUGUGAGCAGUCACACACAAGGUCUUGCAACCCGAAGGACGGUAGCUGCUCCUGCAAGGCCGGCUUCCAGGGUGAGCGCUGCCAGGCAGAGUGUGAGUCAGGCUUCUUUGGACCAGGCUGCAGACACCGUUGCACCUGCCAGCCAGGUGUGGCCUGUGACCCUGUGAGCGGCGAGUGUCGGACUCAGUGUCCUCCUGGCUACCAGGGGGAGGACUGUGGCCAAGAGUGCCCGGUGGGAACAUUUGGUGUGAACUGCUCAGGUUCCUGUUCCUGCGUGGGAGCACCCUGUCACCGAGUCACAGGGGAGUGUCUGUGCCCACCAGGGAAGACUGGGGAGGACUGUGGCGCUGAUUGUCCCGAGGGCCGUUGGGGGCUUGGCUGUCAAGAGAUCUGCCCCGCAUGUGAGCACGGAGCCAGCUGCAACCCUAAGACUGGAACCUGCCUGUGUCUCCCUGGCUUUGUUGGUAGCCGCUGCCAGGACGCUUGCUCAGCAGGCUGGUAUGGGACUGGCUGCCAGAUGAGGUGUGCUUGUGCCAACGAUGGGCAUUGCGACCCAACCACCGGACGCUGUAGCUGUGUCCCCGGGUGGACUGGCCUCAGCUGCCAGAGAGCCUGUGACAGUGGAUACUGGGGGCCCGACUGCAUCCACCCUUGCAACUGCAGUGCGGGCCAUGGGAAUUGUGACGCCGUCAGUGGCCUCUGCCUGUGUGAGGCCGGCUAUGAAGGUCCACGGUGUGAGCAGUCGUGUCGCCAGGGAUACUAUGGGCCCAGCUGUGAGCAGAAGUGCAGGUGUGAGCAUGGGGCCGCCUGUGACCAUGUCAGUGGGGCCUGUACCUGCCCAGCUGGCUGGAGGGGAAGCUUCUGUGAACAUGCCUGUCCUGCUGGCUUCUUUGGGUUAGACUGUGACAGUGCCUGCAACUGCUCUGCCGGGACACCCUGUGAUGCUGUCACCGGCUCGUGCAUCUGCCCAGCUGGCCGCUGGGGCCCACGCUGUGCCCAGAGUUGCCCACCCCUCACCUUCGGGCUUAACUGCAGCCAGAUUUGUACCUGUUUCAAUGGGGCCUCCUGUGACUCCGUCACAGGGCAAUGCCACUGUGCCCCUGGCUGGAUGGGACCCACCUGCCUGCAGGCCUGCCCUCCUGGCCUGUAUGGCAAGAACUGUCAGCAUUCCUGUCUUUGCCGCAACGGAGGGAGAUGUGACCCCAUCUUGGGCCAGUGCACAUGCCCAGAGGGUUGGACCGGCUUGGCCUGUGAGAACGAGUGCCUUCCCGGACGCUAUGCAGCCGGUUGUCAGCUCAACUGCAGUUGCCUUCACGGGGGCAUAUGUGACCGGCUUACCGGCCACUGCCUCUGCCCAGCUGGCUGGACUGGGGACAAGUGUCAGAGCUCCUGCGUCAGUGGCACGUUUGGGGUUCACUGUGAGGAGCACUGUGCUUGCCGGAAAGGUGCCUCCUGCCACCAUGUCACGGGGGCAUGCUUCUGUCCUCCAGGAUGGAGGGGCCCACACUGUGAGCAGGCCUGUCCACGCGGAUGGUUUGGAGAGGCCUGUGCUCAGCAUUGUCUCUGCCCACCCAAUGCCUCCUGCCACCAUGUUACUGGGGAGUGCCACUGUCCACCCGGGUUUACUGGGCUUAGCUGCGAGCAGGCUUGUCAGCCUGGCACCUUUGGAAAGGACUGUGAGCACCUGUGCCAGUGUCCUGGUGAGACCUGGGCCUGCGACCCUGCUUCAGGGGUCUGCACGUGUGCUGCUGGUUACCAUGGCACCGGCUGUCUGCAAAGGUGCCCAUCUGGGCGCUAUGGGCCAGGCUGUGAACACAUUUGUAAGUGUCUCAAUGGUGGGACCUGCGACCCGGCCACGGGAGCCUGCUACUGUCCUGCUGGAUUCCUUGGGGCCGACUGCAGCCUUGCCUGUCUGCAGGGUCGCUUCGGCCCCAGCUGUGCCCAUGUGUGUGCAUGCGGGCAAGGGGCGGCAUGCGACCCGGUGUCGGGGGCUUGCAUCUGUUCUCCCGGGAAGACGGGGGUCCGCUGUGAGCAUGGCUGUCCCCAGGACCGGUUUGGCAAGGGCUGUGAACUCAAGUGUGCCUGCAGGAAUGGGGGCCUGUGUCAUGCUACCAACGGCAGCUGUUCCUGCCCCCUGGGCUGGAUGGGGCCUCACUGUGAGCACGCCUGCCCUGCUGGGCGCUAUGGUGCUGCCUGCCUCCUGGAAUGUUUCUGUCAGAACAAUGGCAGCUGUGAGCCCACCACGGGCGCUUGCCUCUGUGGCCCUGGCUUCUACGGUCAAGCUUGUGAACACUGCCUUGUUCAUGGGGGAGAGAUAGUGAUGGGAUAA